AGAUGGCUCUGCAGUCAUUAAAUGCCGGUAUUCGGGUCGCCUCCAGAUGAAACCGCACGAUUUUGCCAAAUUUUGCUUAGCCUACUGUUAUUUAUUAAGGUGUAUUGUAUAAGGGAUCGUACGUAGCGCCUCUUUGACCGAAACGUGGAACAAGCACCCACAAUGCUUUCCAUGUGCCACGCUGUAGGCCUGCAAGGUCAGGUCCUGUUCCCGCUGAGCCAUGUUGCAUCAUUGGUUGCAAACAAAAACACGGGCCGUACCAACCGCAGGGCCAAAAAUUGCCAGCGGCAUGGGAAGCAAGACCCUCAGAGUGACGUCUUGUGCUCUGAAAGCUUUUGCAAUGUUCUCUCCUGGCUUUCCAAGUCUAGUUUGCAGGAUCUUGCAAGACUUUCCUUGACAGAAAUACAGUUCAAAAAUCUAGCACUCUCAAGUAUCGGAACUAGACGUGGGCAACACAGGCCUUCCUGGCAUGUUUCUGGGUGUUCUGCAGACACAUUUUUUGAGAACAAGAAUGGCUUCACGAGACAGCAGCUCAGGAGGAGUGUUCCUGUGCUGUCUUGUCUUUUCUUGGGCACUGGCACUUCUUUGUACAGAUUCGCAUCAUCGCUGGAAGCGAGGCCGUUGUACACACCUUACCAAAUUCGAGGAUUCAAGACGAGGAGUAGGCAAGUAGGGGAUGUCCAUUCGGCUCUUGUGAUGAAGGCUCCAGACUUGAAUGAGCGGUUUUUGGCCCUCAGAACAAGAAAGGACAAGGACAAGCAGAAAGUUCACUCAGAAGCUGAGCACAAUGAGCGUCUGAAGACUCUUCUGUCCGAUGAAAACCUGACCCAGGAGGAGCAACAGAGACUUAGGGUUGCCUUUGCUGAGGGCUAUAUGGCGUGCGACCCCAAGGCCCGCACAAGCACCAAGCUCCGAGUGUUCAACAUCUUCCGUGACCUGUUGGGCAUCAUCUUGAUCCUGGCAAUCCUUUUUUCCUUCAUGGGUGAGCUCUCUGGGGGUCCUUUUAGGAGAGUUUUGAUUGGCACAACGAAUGAAGUGAUGCCUGAGGACAUAGACGUCACUUUUGAUGACGUCAAGGGGGUUGACGAGGCCAAGCAAGAACUGCAAGAAAUAGUGGAGUUCCUAAGGAACCCCGAGAAGUUUUCCUCUCUAGGGGGCAAGCUGCCGAAAGGUGUGCUGCUGGUGGGUCCUCCGGGCACUGGCAAGACCCUGUUGGCUCGAGCUGUAGCUGGUGAGGCGAAUGUGCCCUUCUUCCAUGCGGCGGGCCCUGAAUUCGACGAAAUCUUGGUUGGCCAGGGCGCACGGAGGGUCAGGGAUCUAUUCAGUACAGCGAAGAUGCGAGCCCCUUGCGUGGUGUUCAUUGACGAAAUAGACUCAGUGGGAGCCAAGAGAACCAACUCUGUGCUGCAUCCGUAUGCAAAUCAGACGAUCAACCAGUUGUUGACUGAAAUGGAUGGUUUCAGGCAAAAUGAAGGAGUGAUCGUCCUUGGUGCUACCAACCGUAGGGAUGACCUUGACAAGGCACUGCUGCGACCUGGCCGCUUUGAUGUCGAAGUCCAGGUACCUGUGCCAGACCUGGCGGGUCGCAAGGAGAUUCUGCAGCUCUACCUCGGCAAGGUCAAGGUUGCUUCGGACGUGUCACUCGACGUUCUUGCACGUGGCACGACAGGCUUCACUGGCGCUGACCUGGAGAAUGUAGUCAACCAGGCAGCACUGAGAGCAGCCAUUGAUGCGGCGCCAGCUGUGUCCAUGCGCUACUUAGAAAGUGCGCGAGACAAGGUCCUCAUGGGGCCAGAGCGCAAGUCACGCAUCCCCGAUGAGGAGGCCAACCUAAUCACUGCCUACCACGAGGGUGGCCAUGCGUUGGUGGCGCACUACUCCAAGGAGGCCCAUCCGCUGCACAAGGUCACCAUUAUCCCCAGGGGCCCCUCGCUGGGACAUACUGCAUACAUUCCCGAGAAGGAGCACUAUCACGUCACCAAGGCCCAAAUGAUGGCCACUAUGGACACACUCAUGGGGGGCAGGGCAGCCGAGGAACUUGUGUUUGGCUCCGAGAAAAUCACUUCAGGUGCUUCAAGUGACCUGAAGCAGGCGACUGCACUUGCCACCAACAUGGUCAAGGAGUGGGGCAUGUCUGAAAAGGUUGGUGUCAGGACGUUUGAUGAAGAUCACAGCUCCCUGAUAGUUGUUAAUGAGCUAGCACCAAACACAGCCGAAGUUAUCGACUCUGAGAUAAAGCGGCUCCUGCACGAGUCGUACGAAAGGGCCAAGGCAAUCCUGAAGACUCACCAGAAAGAGCACAAGCUGCUGGCAGAGGCACUGCUCAAGUAUGAAACUCUCGAUGCAGACGAUGUCAAGCAGCUGCUGAGUGGGAAGGACCUGUCUCAGAUUCGCAAAAGGCAUUGGAAGCAGUGAGAAAAGUGCGUGGGAUGACUGAGAGGGCGAGAAAAAAAAAAAAAAAAACAGCAGCUAUUCUGAAGCAUGUUUACCAGCUCUGGCUUGUAAUACUGCUCUCAGAAUGCUUUCUUGUGCAAGCACCACUCCCUGCGAAAAGUUAAGCUUCUUGCACAGGCCUACUGGUGCAAUGUAUAAAUAACGCCAGCUGAUGCAGUAUGUUCAAAACUGCUAUGAUACAGCAGAGCCAUGCGAUGAAUGCUACUUGCCUGAGACAGGAAACUAUUGACGUCAUUGCUCCCAAUCUUGGCAAGCAACUGUGCUGUUCGGGAGAGCACGAAGUCACCCGCUAGAAUUGCCUGUGAAAGGACAUUUUCUAUGUCAUAAAGUGUUUCUCCACAAA